AUGCUCGCAAACUCCCUUCUAACCACCCUCGCCCUUGCCAUCACCACGGCCGCCAUCCCAAUUGAGAACCCAAUCAGCGUCAUCAAGCGCGCCCCCGAAGCCGGCAUCGUCAUCACCAAGUGCGCCAAGCCCGGCGUCAUUGCCCUCGCCUACGAUGAUGGCCCAUAUCAAUACACCGGCGAGCUGAUCGAUAUCCUCGAUAAGGGCGGAGCGAAGGCGACCUUUUUUUGGACGGGCACCCUGUAUGGAUGUAUCUACGGCCAGGCGGCGGCUGUCAAGAAGGCCUAUGAGUCUGGACAUCAAAUUGCGUCUCAUACCUGGACACAUCCCCAAUCCUUCGGCAACAUGAACGCCCAACAACUCACCACCGAAAUGCAACGCGUCGAAGAAGCCCUCGUCAACCUCAUCGGCAUCAAACCCGCCUACAUGCGGCCCCCCUACCUCGCCACCGGCGGCCAAGUUCUCCCCACCAUGAAGCAGCUCGGCUACAAGGUCAUCACCGACGACGUCGACGCCCAGGACUGGAACGGCUGGUCGGCCCAGCAGAGCCAGAAUGCCUUCCAGCAGGCCGGCGCCGCCGGGAACGGCCACAUCCCGCUCAUGCAUGAGACGUAUGCUAGUACGGUGCAGCAGCUUACGCCUUGGCUUAUUAAUUGGGCGAAGCAGAAUAAUCUGGAAAUGGUUACUGUUGCGGAGUGUCUGGAUGAUCCGGAUGGGGCGUAUCAAGCUGGGAACUUUACUGGGACCGGGAAGAGUACUUGCUGA